AUGGUACAACGAACGAAGACUGAAGGGCCAUCACAGGCCGAAACUCUCCUUCGUGUUACGUCUGGAAUCGCGGCCGAGCUCAUCAAGGCCCACGAUGAUAACCAGAGUGUCUCAUUGAACGAAAUCCGCCUGAAGAUUAGUAAAAAGUACUCGUAUGGCGGUGUACCAAGAUUGGUGGACAUCAUCAGCGCCAUUCCGGAUGAAUACAAGAAAGCUUUGCUUCCGAGGCUCAGGGCUAGGCCGAUACGGACAGCGAGUGGUAUUGCUGUCGUUGCAGUUAUGUGCAAACCGCAUCGAUGUCCACAUAUUGCUAUGACAGGGAACAUCUGCGUGUACUGCCCAGGUGGCCCAGAUUCCGACUUCGAUUAUAGCACACAAAGCUACACGGGAUACGAGCCUACAAGCAUGAGGGCGAUCCGCGCUCGCUAUGACCCUUACGAACAGACGCGAGGCCGAGUCGAGCAAUUGAAGAGUCUCGGUCACAGCGUAGAUAAGGUCGAGUUCAUCAUCAUGGGAGGGACAUUUAUGAGCAUGCCGGAAGACUAUCGAGGGAAAUUCGUGGCGCAAUUGCAUAACGCUUUAUCUGGAUUCACUGGAACUGAUGUCGACGAGGCCGUGAGAUACUCGGAACAAUCUAAAUCAAAGGCAAUCGGUAUAACUAUAGAAACUCGACCAGAUUACUGUCUACGACCUCAUUUAAGUCAGAUGCUUCGCUAUGGUUGUACUCGUUUGGAGAUCGGCGUGCAGUCCGUCUAUGAAGACGUAGCUCGAGAUACCAAUCGUGGACACACCGUCCGUGCCGUGUCUGAGUCGUUCCAUCUUGCCAAGGACGCCGGUUUCAAGGUAGUUGCACACAUGAUGCCCGAUCUCCCCAACGUCGGGCUGGAACGCGACCUCGAGCAAUUUAAGGAGUACUUCGAGAACCCGGCAUUCAGAAGCGACGGCUUAAAAAUCUAUCCGACACUGGUUAUUCGAGGAACGGGGUUGUACGAGCUUUGGAAGACCGGGAAAUAUAAGAAUUACACGCCUAACGUUCUUGUCGAUGUCGUAGCCAGGAUACUGGCUCUCGUCCCUCCUUGGACCCGUGUAUAUCGCGUGCAGAGAGAUAUCCCAUUGCCUCUUGUGUCCAGUGGUUGUGACAACUCUGGCAAUCUUCGCGAACUCGCUCUCAACCGCAUGAAAGACUUCGGGGCAGAAUGCCGUGAUGUACGGUUCCGUGAAGUGGGAAUCCACGAGAUACAUCAUAAGGUUCGGCCAGAGUCAGUUGAGCUCCUUCGACGAGAUUAUACCGCCAAUGGCGGGUGGGAGACCUUCCUUUCGUACGAAGACCCCGAGAAGGACAUUCUCGUGGGUCUUCUGCGGCUCAGAAAAUGUUCAGAGGAAGGUACGUUCCGUCCGGAGCUCGUUCGGCGUGAUGAUGCGCUCGGAGGAUGCAGCAUCGUCAGAGAGCUGCACGUGUAUGGAACGGCCAUACCAGUUCAUGGAAGGGACCCAACGAAGUUCCAACAUCAAGGCUUUGGUACGUUGUUAAUGGAAGAAGCAGAGCGAAUAGCUAGAGAAGAACACGGCAACAUAAAAUUAGCAGUGAUAUCAGGCGUCGGUACCAGGGACUAUUAUCGCAAGCUUGGGUAUGAACUCGAUGGACCGUAUAUGAGCAAAUCACUGUUGUAG